GCACUUUCUCUAGCCUUCAGUCUUCCGGUCUCCGCCCGUGAGAGUCGCGCGUGGGCCACAGCCACGCUCCCCUAUCAGAACUUCCAAGUCGUGCGCGUCUCUGUCCGAGUUCCUAGUUUGCAGUGCAAAGCGGAAGGUUCACCUUGUUCCUCCUGGUAAACCAUAACCGAUUUCUCUUCUGGUCCAUCAUGUUCCCCAAAUCUGAUGUGUUGAGUCAAGAUGAUCUGCGCAAAAAGCUGUACCAGACGUUUAAGGAUCGGGGUGUACUGGACACACUCAAGACGCAACUCAGAAACCAGCUAAUUCACGAACUGAUGCACCCUGUUCUAAAUGGUAAAGCGCAGUCCCCAUCCAUCUCAGUGGAAGAGAGCUCCCUCUUAAUAGGAGCUUCCAACUCUCUAGUGGCUGAUCACUUACAGAGAUGUGGCUAUGAGUAUUCGCUUUCUGUCUUCUUUCCGGAAAGUGGCUUGGCAAAAGAAAAGGUAUUUACUAUGCAGAAUCUAUUGCAUCUUUUUAAAAUCAGUCCUGAAUCCAGUCUCUACAAAUCACUGAUUUCAGGAUUUGAUAAAGAAAGCCAAAAAGGUUUUCUUAUACAAUUUCUGAAAGAAUUGGCAAAAUAUCAUCAGAAUAAAGAAAGUUGCAAUAUGGAAACUCAGACAACUUCAACAUUUCCCGUCAAAGACUCUCUUGCGGAGAAGCUUCGGCUUAUUGACAAUGAGUUUGCAGGUGCUUGCCCUCAGCAGCCAAAGUUAGAAUCCUUAGAAAUCAAGCUAAACGAAUAUAAGAGGGAAGUAGAACAGCAGCUACGGGCAGAAAUGAGUCAGAAGUUGAAAUACUUUAAAGAUACUGAAAUAGUGAAAAUUAAAAUGGAAGAAAAAAAGAAGUAUGAGAAGGAGCUUGCUGAGUUCCGGAAUGAAUUUGAGAGAACUUGUCAAGCAAAAUCUGAAGCCCUGAUAUCUCAGGAAAAGACAGCCCUUGAGAGAAUUCAAAAGCACCAGGAGAAUGAAACAAAAGAAAUCUAUGCUCAAAGGCAGCUGCUACUAAAAGACAUAGAUUUGCUAAGAGGCAGAGAAGCCGAGCUGAAGCAAAGAAUUGAAGCCUUUGAAUUGGCCCAGAGGCUGCAAGAAGAAAAAAAUAAAAGCGUGACUGAUGGACUGCGGAGGCGGGAGUUGAAUAUCAAGAGUAUUGAGGAGACCUAUGACCAAAAGCUUAAGAACGAACUUCUAAAGUAUCAACUUGAACUGAAGGAGGAUUAUAUCACUAGAACCAACAGACUGAUCGAAGAUGAAAGGAAAAAUAAAGAGAAAACUAUACAUUUGCAAGAGGAACUUGCAGCUCUUAAUUGUAAAAAGGAAGAAAUUGAUCGUUCUAUAAACCGUGUGAAAGAACUCGAGCUUGAAUUGGAGUCUGUCAGAGCUCAGUGUUCAGCAUUAACAAAGCAAAACCACAUGCUAAGCGAGAAGGUUAAAGAGAUGAGUGACUAUUCUCUACUGAAAGAAGGAAAACUGGAGCUUCAGGCAAAAAAUAAACUACUUAAACAACAAGUGGAAGACAUGAAAAGUGAAAACAUGCAUCUCCUAAACCGCAUAGCUCAGCCAUCUCCCGAACUACUGAUUUUUCAGAAAGAAUUACAGAAAGCAGAAAAUGCUAUUGCAUUUGAGCAUAAGGAGUUUGAAACUCACAAGCAAGCUCUACAAAAACAGCUUCAAAAUGAAAUUGAGCACUCUGCCCAGCUGAAGGCCCAGGUAUUAGAAUAUGAUGCUUCUGUCAAGAGGUUAACUAUGCAGGUUUCAAUUUUAAAAUUGCAACUAAAACAAACUCAGACAGCACUAGAGAACGAAGUGUACCGCAACCCAGGGCACUCACUGCUGAAUCGCUCCAUCAGUUGGUUAAUGAGCACCAGGGUGAGGCCUCGUGAUGGCGACAUCAGUGGGGAUUUCUUGAAAAAUCCUCUGAGACAAGAGGCGACAGCAGGCCCAGUUACACCACGGAUCCCCAAAUAUCCAAAUGCCAGCAUAGAGGGAAGUUCCCUUGAUUCCGACCUUGAGUUUGUAGCCAGUACUAAGGUAAGGGUGAGAGAGCUGGAGCAGGAAGCAGAGCACCUGGAAAAAGCUUUCCAGAACUACCAACAAAGGGUCAGUCAGUGCCCUGCCAAGAGCCGCUUGGCAGCCAGGAGCCCACCCUUGCUGUGUCUACCGGGAACUCUCAAGAACAUGACUGCAGCUGCUCCCGAGAGGUGUGUUUUUGUGGACGCCAGAGUCACCUCUCAGCAGCCUCUGGUGAGCACACGAGGAGGGGACGAGAGCGAGGUGUCUGAGGUGCCCAGCAGCAUGGCCUCAAGGUCACACAAGAGCGCAGCCUCCGGACGACUCUCCUCCACACCACUCCCCAAAGCGAGAAGCCUCAAAAGUGAAACGUACCUGGAAGGUCUGGGCCGGUCCACUGUCACCGCCACCUGUCCUGACAGAGAGCCACAGCCUUUGCCUGCAGAGUCCAGGCACAACAUUUCGGUGCACUCGCUCUCCAGCCCUCUGGAGCAGAAAGCCAAUCUUUAUCAAAGACAUACAGAACUUCAAGACAAAAGUGAAUUUUCAAAUCCGGACAAGCUAGUUUUUAAGGAUAACGAGGAAUUUGAACCAUCUUUUGAAUAUGGAUGGAGUGUGCCAAGGCAAUUCGAGAGAGAGGGCCUCCAUCAUGCUGGUGACAUGCUUCACGUGGAUGACGCUGCAGCCCCUGUGCCCACCAGGCCCAUCUCCUUUCAGUACCCAGGUGUCAACCAGAAACCACUCGGAGAACAGAAGGAAGAAGAAAAACUCCGAGAACAGCAGGCUAGGGAACGAAGGCAGGGAGAAGAGCAGAGGCAGAGCAAGUGGCAGGAAACUCUGCAGAGGGAGCGGCAAAAACUUGAAAAGCUGGAUCAGGAAAGGAGGCUAAUUGAACAAUCUUUGAAGCUGGAAAUUGAAAAAGAAUACGAAUCAAGUGUUCAGGAAAUGGAAGACAAAUCUAAAUCUGUUUGUGGUGAAAAUCCUUUAGAGAAAUACAUGAAAAUCAUGCAACAGAAUCCAGACGAGGACACCACAGAUAAGAGUUCCAAAAAGGCGGUCCGAGAGAGCUCACAGUUGGACACACUGCCGUCUAGUGACACCAAAGACAAAAGUUUUGCGGCCUUUUCUCAUGAGGAACCAGAUGACAUUUGGUAACCGUGUUGGCUGCCCAGCUUCUUACUCCAAUAUCAUAACUAACGGCCUGUGAGUUCUCUGUAAUGAGACAAACUGCUUAAUAAAAAUCAUGUGGAA